UGCAUUUGCCAUCCAGACGUGGUGGUAGCGAUACGUCUAUAUAGUAUUUUUAGUAUAAGUAUCUAGAGACUGAUAUAUUAAAGUGAUAUACACCCCGUCACAAUGGGGACAUCUAGCAUAAGUUUAAGCAUUUUUAGUGUUAUUUUAUUACUCUCUGUUUUGUGGACCCCUGCUCUCUCCGAUGAUAAAUGCGAUCUCUCGUGUAAGAGGUCAUCAUCCGGAGCGUCGUUUCUAAAUGGGCAUACAUACAACUAUGCGGUGGACGGCACGGUGAGAGUAUACCUGACUGGCGGAGACAAACAGGAGACUACGGUGAAGAUCUUCGGGCAGGUUGCAGUCACUGCCUACGGCAACUGUGAGCUGUCGUUGAAGGUCAACUCGCUGGCAAUAUCUGGACCUGAUGGAAAGAAAUACCCAGCUCCGAAAGGAAUUGAGAAAGUCGUGAGGUUCAACCUGGAAGACGGCCGCGUCGGACCUGAGAUCUGCUCAGAGGACGGAGACACGCGCUGGUCCCUCAACGUGAAGAGAGCGAUCAUCUCACUGCUGCAGACAGAGCAGAAGCCUUCGACACAGACCGACGUGUUUGGCGCGUGUCCCACGGAGGUCAGCUCAUCGCAAGAGGGCGGAGCGGUGCUGAUCCACCGCACGCGGGACCUGAGCCGCUGCGCGCACCGUGAGCAGACCAGGAACGAGCUCAUCACAGCCGUCUACAACCCUACCGCUGAAAUCAAGAACACCCAACUUCUCCAGUCAAUCCUGAACGUAGAGACCAAAGUCAACAAUGGAGUGCCGGAGAAGAUCGCAGCAGUCGAACAAUACCUGUACAGACCCUUCUCUGUUGGAGAGAACGGCGCCAGAGCCGAAGUCAACACUAAGCUGUCCCUCAGUGGCACCACUAAAGGAAACGGAGCGGGAGGUCACUGCACGGUACCUCGCUCCAUCAUCUUCGACAACCCUCACGACGGCUCAGCCAAAUACAGCAGCCCGCAGAACGUGCUGACCGCCGUCAAGGAGGCCUCUAAGACCCUGACCACUGAAGCCAGUUCCAAAUCUGCUGGUACUUUCGCUCAAGUCGUCAGGAUUUUCCGAACAGCAAACAAAGAAGACUUGUUGAAAGUUUUUGGACAAGUCAAAGGAAACAACUUGGAAAAGCGUGUAUACUUGGACGCUCUGCUCCGUGCUGGAACAGGCUACAGUAUUGAGGCAUCCAUCCAAAUUCUGAAGAGCAAGGAGUUGAAUACCAUUGAAGAGAAAGUGGUCUUCUUGUCCCUAGGAAACGCUAGACAUGUGACCAGUGAGGCAGUCAAGGCAGCUGCAAGUCUUCUGGACCUUCCCAACUUGCCAAAAGGCGUGUACUUGGGAGUAGGUGCGCUCGCAGGCACGUACUGUCGCGACCACAACUGCCACUCGGACAAGUCGGACGGCGUGGUCGCUCUGAGCAACAAACUGGGCGCUAAACUGCAGAACUGCAAGCCCAAGAGCAAGCUGGAAGAAGAUAAUGUCGUGGCAGUGCUGAAAGGUAUCAGAAACAUCGGCCAUUUGGAGAACAAUUUGGUUGACAAGGUGGUCCAUUGCGCAGUUGACAACAACGUCAAAGCUAGACUGCGAGUAGCCGCCCUGGAAGCCUUCCAAGCUGACUCCUGUGCAACUAAAAUAAAGAAGACAGCUUUAGACAUUAUGAAGAACCGUCAACUGGACUCCGAGAUCCGCAUUAAGGCAUACCUCGCCGUCAUCGACUGUCCCUGUGGAAAGUCUGCCAACGAGAUCAAGACUCUACUGGACUCUGAACCUGUACAUCAAGUGGGUAGAUUCAUCUCAACAUCUCUGCGCGCCAUCCGCGCGUCAGCUAACCCCGACAAGCAGCACGCCAGACAGCACUACGGGCUCAUCGGUAUCCCCAACAAAUACAACGUUGACGACAGGAAGUAUUCCUUCUACCGUGAGAUGAGCUACAACGUGGAUGCCGUGGGUGUGGGUGGUAACGUGGAGGAAUCAGUCAUCUACUCGCAAGACUCCUUCCUGCCCAGAUCCGUCAGUCUCAACCUCACUGCUGAAGUUUUUGGACACAAUGUUAAUAUUCUUGAGGUCGGAGGACGUCAAGGUAACUUAGAUCGCGUAGUGGAGCACUUCCUGGGACCGAAAGGUGUCUUCCGUACUAAGGAUCCACAAGAAAUGUUCGAUGAAUUGAAGACAAAACUGGGAGAAUCUGUACAUAAAGCCGAGAAAAGUGUGAGGGGAAGACGGUCCAUCAAGAGUGAAGUUGACAAUUUCGAUAGACAGGUGAAAGAAGAGGCAGCACCAUACAACAAUGAACUGGAUCUGGACGUGUACAUCAAACUCUUCGGAACCGACGCUGUGUUCCUAUCGUUCGGUGAUGGUAAAGGUUUUGACGCUAACGGCUUCCUUGACGAAUCUCUGAAGAUGGUGAACGAGGGCAUGAACAAAAUGAAGCACUUCCAGCAAGAGCUCCGUGGUCACCUUCUUUUCCUCGACGCCGAAUUGGCAUACCCAACCUCUACCGGUCUCCCUCUUAAACUGGACGCAGUUGGUGCAGCCACUGGACGCGUCGACGUGUCUUCUUCCAUAGACAUCCGUCAAUGCCUCAAAAACCCUGAAUCUGCUAAAGUGGACAUCAAAUUGAUACCAAGCACUGAUGUUGAAGUUUCCUUAAUGAUGCUCGUAGAUGCUGGCGCGGUUGCAACUGGUCUCAAGGUUAUGACAAACCUUCAUUCAUCUACCGGUAGUCACGUCGUCGCUAAGGUCAUUGAGAAUGGUCACGGAAUCGAUCUCCAAUGGGGCUUGCCUCUUGACAAGCAGGAAAUCCUUACGGCAUCCAGUGAUAUGGUAUUCUUUACCACUGAAAAGGGUCAGUUGGAGAAACAGAAACCUAUAUCGGCUGCCACUGAAAAGAAUGAAUACUCCGGUUGCUUCGACCAGCUGUCGCAAGUGUUGGGCUUGACUUUGUGUGGAAAAGUGUCUUUGCCUUUCUCAUUCUCUGGACCAAAGUCACAAAACUCAAUAUCCCAGUACUUGGCCCACUAUCCACUUGUUGGAUCAACGAAAGUUAACUUAGUUCUGGAGAAGAAUGACCUCAGAGGAUACCAUCUCAAGGGAGUUGUUCGCUCUGACUCCAACGGCGGACGAUAUGGAAUCGAACUGCUAUUCGAUGCUGAAGGAUCCAAAAACCGUCGUACCCAAGUAAUAGCAGAUUUUAUAAACAACCAAGAAGAGAAAACGAUUAAAGCAAGUCUGGAAUCACCUAUCAAAACUUUGUCUGGCCAAGUCUCAAUUUACACUAAGUCAAAUGAAUACGCCCUUCUUCUGAAAGCAAAAAUGGAUGAAGCCUCAUACUACGGACGCGUUGGAUUAAACAUUGAAGGAAAUGAUAGACGCCAUGUUUACAAACCAGUUCUGGAGUACCAAGUGCCGAAUAGCCCUAAAAAGAAUAUCAAUGUUGAUGGGCAAAUAGUAGAGGAGAAAUCUGGUGGUGGCGUCAAAUAUACUGUAUCUGGUGUCAAGUUUACGCUGCCGGAAACUAAUGAACCAGUGACCUUGAUGGGACACUUCAGUAGAGAACCCAGAAAAUUGGACAUGGACUUAAAACUGAUGAGAGGACAACACAGCAUACUUCUGUCUAGCUCUUUAGCAAAUUACGACUUCAAGGCAGAUUUCCAAAAUACAUUGAAUCCUUAUAUAAACUUCAAAGUUAACGGUCACUUUGAAAAUGGCGGAGAUGUUUAUCAUAACGAUAUUGAUCUCUACUACAGCGAAGAUUGCCGCAAUCCUCAGAACCGCGUUACUUUCAACCAGUUGUACAAACGCCACUACGUUUCCUCCGCUGAGUUCACUGUUAUUACCAAAAAUAAAUUUGAAAUUCAUGCACUUCCCUUCACACUUAAAUAUGAUAUGGAAGUCGAUCCCAAAAAGAUCGACCUUGAUGUUGGUGGAGUAUACAUGGACAAAAAGGCAAGCAUUGAGCUAGACGGACGUACGCAUAUCAAAAAGGAGGGAGACUACAAAGUUAAAUGGGUGGUCAAUAUUAACAAUCAAGAAGUCGAAGGGUUUUACAAACGUGACAUAGUUUCCGCUGAAAAAUCUAAUCUAGAGAACUACAUUGACUUCAAGAAACUUGGCAAAUACGAGCUCUCUGGUGUUGUACUACACAGAAUGAAGGCAAACGAUGUGAACGUUGGUGUUAUUGGACACUUCAAGAUUUCUGGCACUGGAAAAGAUUCCGAUUUGAAAUUUGACAUUGGUUACAUCGAGACCGCGAAGUUGUACUCCAGCCACGCCACCAUCACCAGCUCCAACAAGGGCGAGUUGCUGAACUACUUGCUGAAGAUCAACACCGGAGCCAACACCAACGGACAGCUCAAGUUCAAUCUCAAAGACGCCAUCACGGCCAACGGUCAGUUCCAAGUGACUGACAGUGACGGCAAAGGCAAUGGAAACAUCAUGGUGCACUUCAAACCUAUUGACCGUGUGAUUAAAGGGGAAGUUAAGUUCGUAGUCAAAGACCCAACAUACAAUGCUGAUGUGGAUCUCUACCUCAACUUCGGAAAGAGCAAUAAUGACAAGAUACAUUUCUCUACUGCAACCAAAAAGACUGACAAACUUUUCGACAGCAAGAACAAGUUUGCGUACGGUGGUAAAAACGCUGAGCUGAACCUUAACGGAGAGUACCAUACUCUUGGAAAGAACCACGGCAGCGUAGAGGUAGUGCUGCCUGACGAACGGUGCUUGAGCCUGAAGGUCGACAGAGAUUUUGCCGAGAAAGAUAAUGUUAUCAAUGGCCACGCCGAAGUAGUACUUUCCGAUGCUUCGAAACGCGGAGGACCAGCUUCGACUAUAGUAUACAAAUCCAAGGUUACCAAUACCAACUGGGAAAAAGAAACCAUAGAUUUGGAGGGACAAAUCGAAAUGCAAAUAAAUGGUGGCAAAAAUCUUCUUAACACUUUCAGCUAUAAAAACAUCCCCAAGGGCAAGAACAGUGAUGUUGCUUUCAAGAAUGAAAUAAGUGGCACUAUGUUACCCAAGAAGGGAAUCCUAGAUGCAUCUGCCACUUACACAGAGGGCGAUAGCAUGGACGACACAUACAGAGUUAAAGCAUUCUACGGUGAUGACUUGGGUAUGGAGUUAGUUGGAGUAUUCCAAGCAGCCUUCCCUGACAAAGGACUGAAGAAGUACGUAGAUGACUACACCAUGAAUAUUCGAUUACCUUUUGAAAAGGCCCAUGACAUUAAAUGGAUUUCCAAAUUGGUUUAUAACCAACCAGAAAACCAAGCAGUAGAAAUUACUUUAAUUGAAUCUGUGCAAGUGAAUGCUGACCUCUACAAGUUCGAAUCAAACGGCAAAUAUGAUAUCAAGAACGGAAACACCAAGUUGAAGAUUAUCCUACCACAUGUGGAUCCUGUCAACAUUGAUGCUAGCUACAAAGUUGAUGAUACAAAGGAAAAGAGAUCGGGUGCAGUUGAUGUACAGGCUCACUACGGCAAGGGCAAGACCACUUCCAUCUCAGUGCAAGGCUCUUCUGGCCAGAAAGAACUUGACCUAUCAUUCUCUGCUAAUUCACCACAGAAUGAGAAAUUCAAGAAGUUUGAAAUGAAGUUCAAUACCAAGAAUCCAUCUCCCGACACAUUCAAUUCUCUGGUCCUUAUCGAUGCCGAUGGCAGAGUCUACAAGUCUGAAGGACUCGUUGUCUACUCUGCUUCUCAACCCAUAUUUGAUCUGAAAUACAGCAGUCCUGCAUCACCAAAACCAUCAAGGCUGUACUUCAAAGGUAUCGCUCCCAAAUCAAACCAAGGACGUAUGGAGUUCAAAAUAGAGAACUGCAAGAAUUUUGACCUGGAUUCCUCAUUUGAAAUCAGUUUUGAGAAGGAUUUGAUACUGAAGUUCCACGCUAAUGCAGAAACCCUUGGACUCAAAAACUAUAACGUCGAUAUUUCGAGCAAGGAUGCUGGCAAUGGCAAACGAUUGGAAUUCAAUGCUAUCAAUGACAACAAGAACAUUAUAAGUGGAAGCACAUCAUAUAUCAGCAAGCAAGAAGGGCCAAAGACCAUCAUUGAGGGUUCUGGUAAUUUGAAGGUUAAAGAUGAACAGAAACCGGCCAACUUUAAGUACAUCCGCACCAUUCUGACAGAGGGCAACGAGCAAGGAGUUGAGACGUUCGUCAACGUGGCAUAUGGAGACCGCAACCACGUGGCCGAGUUCCGCGUCACCAACCUGGAGUACAAGACCUCUUAUGUGUACUGCGAAGAGAAGAAACAAUGCGCCCACGCUGAAAUUAACGCUAAACUAGUUACCACCAAACUUGGUUCCCUGCAGCACCAGUUCAACGCCGGUUUCGACCUCCGCAAGCUCGGCUUGGCAACCGAAUUCGGCCUUCAGGUUUCCAACGAGUUCUCCGACAAGAACUUCCCUCAAUAUGACAUGAACCUACACGUUAACCGCGAGAGUAAAAAGUACCACUUCCACGUCUACAGCCAGCCUGAGUUCGGCAAAUUCCCGGCCGGUAUUGUCCUGACGUUCCCACAAAGGGUCAUCGCCCUAGAGUCCCUCGUUCACUACCCCACAAACAAAAACCUUCCGUUCCCCGUAAGAGGCGAGAUCUCCCUCUACCCUGACAAGAACAAGCCUCAGUCCAAAACAGCUGUGAGGUUCACCUUCGACGUCUCUGGAAAUGAAAAGCAAGGGGAAGCAUCCGCUCUUGUUGGUUUCAGCCACCCUAGAAUUGGAAAGGAAGCUCUGAUCACUUUCCGUGGGGCCCUCAACCGCCCCAAUGACAACACCGUCAGGAUUGAAACCAGAGGAGUCAUCUCUCACUCAUGCCUUGGACACGAUCGGGAAGCCAAAUUUUUGAUGGAAGUCAAUCCUGUACACAUCAAAUUAUUGGUGGAUACUCCACUGGUGAAGGUGAUCGACUUGGAAGGCUCCGCAACGGCUAAGGAGAACUUGCAACAAGUCGACUUUGGGUUCAGUCUGCUUGAAGGAAAACCGGUGACCAUAUACGCUGUAGCCAAAGACUUCCAGUACUACGAGUUUACUACUGGCUACAAAGACGAAUCCGAACGUAAACUGUCAGUCAUAGCCAAUCUGAACCCGGAGAAGCGAGUGGAUGUCUCCGUAGACAUCGUACUCAACAAGAACAAGAAGAACAUCGUUAACGGCGCCAUCUUUAUCGAGGACAAUCUCGUCAAGAGCGAGUACGGGCUAUCUAAGGACAAUUUCAACUACUUCGUGAGCGCACUGAGAAAGGAUCUAGGUGUUCUACAAGAGCGCGUGAAGGAGAUCGGCGAGAAAGCCAACGAUGACGUCAAGAAAACACUACAGCGAGUCGAGCCGACUUACCGCCAGCUGGAGCAAGCGUACAGGGAAGACAUGGAGAAGCUUACCCAGGACAUUGCCAACGAUAAGACUUUGAAGGAGAUCUCUGAAGCUCUGCACGUUGUAACUAAAGUGAUUGCGAAGCUGAUUGACGACGUAAUAACAGUCUUCAAGCCCAUGGCAGACAAGUUCGCGGAAACUGUAACUGUAUUCAGCAAGAAGGUUGCCGAAAUGUAUGAAAAACAGAUCGCGCCCGGCUUGAAGCAGCUGUACACAAACGUAGCGGCCGUCAUCCAAGCGUACUUCGACGGCAUCAUCGACGCGGCGGCGCACUUCACUGCUAUCAUCAUGGACUUCUUCGAGAAACACAAGCCCGAGCUACAGGAGCUUACCAACAUCUUCACUGAAAUAUUCAAAGACAUCACCCGCAUCGUGGUGGCUCAGCUGAAGGAGUGGCGCGCCAAGUCUUCUCAGUUCAUCAGCGACAUGUUCGAACAGAUCAAGGAAAUGCCCAUCAUUGCGCUCAUCAAAGAGAAGUGGCAAGAGUUGGCGGUCCCAGAGCAGUUCCUGGGUAUAAUGAACGACGCGUACCACACCGUGCGCGAGGUCAUGCCCACUGAGGAGGCGAAGACGUUCCUCGACGUCCUCCGCAACUACGCUCAGAAGAAAUUACGCCAAGAGAAGUUCGACGAACAGAAGGAGCUCAGGAUCGUAUAUGAGAAGAUGAUCGCAGCUGUCAGCUCGCUGGUGGCAUUCGUGCGCCAGGCGGCCGGGCAGUACGGCAUCACCUACCCCACCUUCACCUACGGAAGCUUCCCAGGAUUCUCACCUGUUUCUAUGCCGAGCUUCAAGGGAUCAGCCGGCUGGAGUCUGCUAUCUCAGAUUAUCCAGGGUGACAUCCCGAACCCGUGGGUGCAGUUCAGAACUUAUAGACCACGCAGUCUCAACCCACUUGACGAAGUACCAACUAAGAUGCGCGGAGUGAUCAUCAACGGCCAGCACAUCUUCACGUUCGACGGACGCCACCUGACGUUCCCGGGCACGUGCCGGUACGUGCUCGCCCACGACCACAUCGACCGCAACUUCACGCUCAUCAGCCAGCUGCAGAACGGACACCCCAAGGCCAUCAUCCUGGAAGACAAGAGCGGAAUCACCAUCGAGCUCAAGGAGAAUGGACAGGUUGCUCUCAACGGCGCCAACCAUGGCUACCCAGUCAUCGAGGAAGAUGUGUUCGCAUUCAGGGAACCCAAAGGAAGAAUCGGCCUCGGCUCUCGCUAUGGUCUGAUGGUGUUCUGUACCAGCAAACUUGAGGUGUGCUACGUGGAAAUAUCCGGCUUCUACCACGGCAAGCUGCGCGGACUGCUGGGCGAUGGCAACAACGAACCUUACGAUGACUUCAGGAUACCCAAUGGAAAGAUCGUCAACACGGAAAGCGAGUUCGGCAACGCCUACAAGCUGGCCGGUAGCUGCAAGCCGGUCCAGACCCCCGCCCACGACCACCACCAGAUGCACAUGGCUCUGCCGGCCGCCUGCGAGACCGUCUUCGGCGGCACCUCACCGCUGAGGCCUUUGGCGCUGCUCAUGGACAACUCACCCUUCAGACAAGCCUGCAUCCACGCUUGUGGGGACAACUCUCCUAAAUCUAUCCAAGAAGCCUGCGACUUGGGCCGCGGGUACGCUACCCUGGCGCAGACCGGCCUCCUCCCCGCCGUGCUGCCUUCCCACUGCUUGAAGUGCACCGAUGCGGACAAGCCUAGAGAGAUCGGAGACAUCUACGACAUCAAAGUACCGACCAAGCAAGCCGAUAUCAUUGUCACUGUUGAGGUCACUGAGUCCACGGAGAAGAUGUACAAGGACAUCAUCGUGCCGCUGGUGGGGCAGGUCAUCGACGGGCUGAAGAGCAAACGCGUCACCGACGUCAAAGUGUACUUGGUGGGCAUCACCUCCAGGUUCCCCUACCCCAUCCUCUACGACACCGAUCUGAAACUGAAGAGUGCGAAGGUGCAGUUCACGGACAAGUCGCGCUACAACGAGCUGAAGUCUGUGACUGUGGGCGACGAGCGAGUGGACAAGUACGCAGAACUAUUUGCCAACGUUGUGAAGAACUUCCGACUCACUUUCGGUAUCCACAACGUGAUGUUCGCCUACGACUCUGUGUUCGACCUUCCUCUGAGAGCUGGUGCCGUGAAGCAUCUCAUCAGCGCCAUCGGUGACUCGUGCCACAGACAGGACGUAUUUGCAAGCUCACUUCGUUCGGUCGUGUACAGCGGAUUCUUCAAAAACCUAGGCCUUUCGUACUCCCUCAUCAAGAACACGCCUGAUCUGAAGAUCGGGGGCGGCAAGAACGUCAACCAAGUUGUUGGUUUCUCCAAACACGGCGUAUUGCUACUGGGAGACAAGAAACAGAAGGAAACUGAAACUCUAAGGAACACUCUUCACCUGGAGACAUACGAUGACUGCGUAGACUUCUCGCAAGAUACGGAUGGCUACACGUUCUCGGCCAGCACCUUCCAAGCAUGCAACCCUGGGCAGCAGAAGCAGUAUCUGCAGACGGCGGCAGCUUCUGUCGUGAAUCGCUUGCUGCAGGAGAAUCUGGUGCAGGCCUGCACGUGCAGCUACGUCGACGUGUACCGGGCGCGCUCUGUCUGUGUCGUCAAGGAGAGGAAGGAGGCGGCUCGCAGACGGAAGUAAGGAGAUUACGGCGACUCUUAGCGAUGCAUCUAUCAAAUACUCUUUAGUUAUACAUCUACGGGCUCAGCAACAAUAGAAAAGAUCUCUGGAAAAGUAAAUUAUCUUAUAAAUUGAUAAUGAAUAGGAAAUUUUAAUUGUAUUUUGAAUGAAACCUUUUUUAUUGUAUUUUCUAUACCAGCAGUGUAGUCAGGGGAUUCCAGUUUUAGAAGAUAAAAAAUCCACUUGGAAAUAUUUUGAAAUGAAAUUUCGAAGUCGGAUUUUGUAUAUAAGUUUAGAAUUGGUUGGAGAUUACUUCGUUUUAUUUACGUAAAAUGAUAAACAGUCAAUAUCUAAACCUAAAAAUGUAUAAACAAUUAAAAAUAUUCCAAAUAAAGUUUGAUAGUUUCUCCAUUAAUUAUUAUUUUACGUAGUUUACAUGCGUGAGGGUUACAAAAAUUGUGAAUAUGAGUGGGGUAUUUAUCUGGUAUUUGUAAUUUAUGAAAGUAUAUGAAAUGCCUUCAUAAAACUGUUUCCUUUGGCUACAUUGCUCAUUGCUAAGGAUAGGAGGAAUUAGGAGUUUCUGUUAUUUAUAAAAAAUAAUAUAAUGAGAUCUACCGUAAUAACUCACUACAAGAUGGCGUAAGUGAAGGAACACAAAUAAUCAAUAAAAAAUACAAGUUAACUGUCCUAAAAAAACAAUGUACUGUAUUUGUAGUAGAAAUUGUUAGAGACGAUUAAGCUAAAACAAAAUACUGUAUUUAUUUUUAAGUAAAACUUGGUUUUUAUUUACAUUUUUUUAGUCUAGUAGUUACUAGCGCCAUCUACUCGUAGUUAACUUACAACGUUUCAUCUCAUUUUACAAUACUAAUUUACUUUAAUAAAACAAAUAAUUCUUGAUUAUUAUCAAUUCAUACAAGGAGCCCUGUAUAUUUUAGACUUGUUAUUACUUUUUAAGAAUAGAGUAAACUAUUUAUGACGAACGUGCAGAGUUUAAUCGAAAUCUGUAUUAAAAAAAUGGUAAUGUAAUAAAAAUAUAUUAUUUUA